AUGUGGUCACGGGCUGAUCCUGCUGUACAGGUGCACCAUUACCAGAAGACGGGUACAACUCUUCAUGAUAACCAUCCCAACCCAUAUAUGGACCUCGAGGAUGAUCAUGGGCUGGUCCAUUUGACAAGUGAUUCGACUGUUACAGAAAUACUACCUCCGUCUCCUCCUGAAGAGCAACUUACAGACAGCGAAGGAGAACAUGACUCAUUUACCGAGAAGACAAUUACGACAUCUGCUUUUGAACAAUUAGUGGAAGAUAUUCGAGUAAUUUUGGGCCCCUCAUCUGGUAUUGACUCUGAGGAUGUUGACGUUGAACAUCUGAUGGCAAGGCUCCGAGAAUACCGGGCAGAUCAUAAUGAGGAUGAGUGGACAAAAUAUGCUCUUGCUGACCCAUCCCGUAACUACACUCGUAACGGAGUUGACGAUAUCAACAAGAAGGCCAAUUUGCUGAUUCUUGUUUGGAACCCUGGAAAGGGCUCUCUGAUACAUGACCAUGCAAACGCACAUUGUAUAGUUAAAGUUUUGAAAGGAACUUUGACCGAAACUUUGUACGAUUGGCCGAGUCAUGAGAACGAACAACUUGUUCCAAGCAAAGUAACUCACAUCAAACCUAACGAUGUCACCUACAUGUCUGACACACUCGGUCUUCAUCGUAUGUCAAAUCCUCAUCCUUCUGAAGUAGCAGUAUCCCUCCAUCUAUAUACCCCUCCUUACGCUUCGAAAUUCGGCUGCCACAUUUUCGAUGAAGCUUCUGGUUGUCGCCAUAAGGUUGACCUGUCUAAUCUCUACUCCAAUAAGGGUAUUCUAUGUAAGUCCAACCGUUAA